CCAAGGAUGACACAACUCUGUCCCCUGUGUCUGUCAGUGUUCCGGCUUAUCUCUCCCGCCUUCACGGCGCCACCACCUUCUUGGAAAUGAGUUAGGGCAAAGGGGUGGGGGCUCAGACCACCACCUCCUCCAACAGGCCUCAUAAAAGAGACGGUAACUGAGCCCUAGACACCAGAGCAAGUCUUCGACCCAACAGGUUGGCCAGACAGACAGCAUGAUGGCACUGUACACUCAGAUCCGGGCUGCCUGCCUCCUGGUCCUCCUCCUCACUAGCCUGACCAGUGGCUCUAUUGUCCAGCCACAGACAGGGCAGCUUGUAGAGUCCCAGCCCCACAACACAGCUGAAGCCAAGGCCAGCUUCACGCCCUCACUGCAGAGGCUGAGGAGGCGGGACGCCCACUUUCCCAUCUGCGUUUUCUGCUGCAGCUGCUGUAAGAAAGAAAAGUGUGGGAUAUGCUGCAAGACGUAGAGCCUCCUGCCCCAACCCCUCACCCUCCCUUAUUUAUUCCUACCCCCCCACAACAAUGGUCUUGGAAUAAAACGGCUGGUUCUUUUAUUUUUCAAA